AUGCCAUUGACAACCAUCUACAAGUUCCCAAUGGCACAGACCUCCAACAACACCUUCCUAAAGUCUUCGUUCACCAAGGCCAUCACCCCUCUCCGAUCCACAGCCCCCUCCCAAGCAAUCCUCUCUUCCACCACCACCGCCCUUACCGCCCUCCUCUCCUCCGCCUUCUCCAACGCUCCUUCCACUACUUCUUCAUCCACUACUACAACUUCAGGAGUCCGUCGUGUCAGGAUGCUCAGCAGACCAUUCACAGCACAGUGGGCAACAACCCUCGCCCUCCUCUCCAUAACCCUCCUCUCCUACUUCUCCCUCCUCACCACCCCAGCCACAGCAGCACCCGCAAAGCAUACCCCAGCAUCCAACAACGUCGUCAAGUCAAUGGCCCUCACAUUCUCUGAUACCUCUGCCCUCCCACUCCAACUCCAAAUCGAAUCCCAAGUUCGUGGGACCCAAAAACUCGCCUACCUCCCCACCACCGGACCCUCUCUUGAUUUCUAUUACCUCAACUAUCGACCCACCUACAUCGCCGGGAAGUCCACAAUCGACUUUUGGAUGAUCUCACCAAAGGGCAUCGCGGCUCCCAAGACCGCAUCACUAGAACUGUUUGAUGAGUUUGGAAAGAUUCAUUUGGCGACGUUGGUCAAAGAAGGGACCGAGAUCCCACAGGACAAGGCGGCGAGUGGAAAUCCGUUCUUGUGGAAGAGUUGGGUAGUGCCCAAGGAUCUCAAGGCCGAUUUUGACUUUUCGGACAAGUUCCGGGUGAUCUUGAAGACCUCUUCCGACUCUGUUUCUAACCCCGCGUUGAUGAAUGCUGGUGGAAGGAGAAAGAUGGUGAAGAAGGUCGUCAAGGUUGAUAAACGCUCAAUUGUUACCUCGGUCCUUGACAACAUCUUCAAGCGCGCCGCUCCUGUUAAAAAGGCCGCCACCAAGGACACACCCGUCAAUGCUGCAGGAGUGACCGUCGUCCAGGACCGCCAGUUCCGUAUCAAAGGCUUGGAGGCCACCCCCGGCGGAAAUGUCAACCCUGCCAAGCUCCAUGUCAACAGCGUUGCUCCUCAACAACCCAACACCGAUGCGAACGCAAAGGUCGUCAAGACCACCAACACCAAGGAUGCCUCUACUUCCGUCAACGGCCAAGACAUGACCACCUCUUCCGCUGCUCCAAUUGUUCUUCAGACCGAGGGCAGAAAGUCGUCCGCCAUGUCAUCCGUGACCGACAUCGACCUGUCCGUCUCGGUGAUCGUCACCUUUACGGUCGCGCUCCUCACCUUCCUCGGACUUCUUGUCUAA